CCGAAGACAACUACCAGCAAUUAUUAGUGUAAAACUGGUUUCUGAAGACAUUACCAUUGUCGUAUCAAAAACAGAUAGUCAAAAUCGUCAGCGGCGGGCCCUAAUCUACGUUCCAUCGGCUGAACAGACUUAAUAGUGCUUCUGCGACUUUGGUCAAUGCCACUACUGACUUUUGUGAUAAUAUGAUACUCCGAUGAACUCUUUCGACUCGAAAAGCUUCUUUUAAUUCUGUGGACGGUAUUUAUUUCGGAUGUUAUUUGCGUAUUUAUAGUUUUUAUCGAUGCGAAACGCACAGUUAAGUGGUAUAGUGCCCAGUUAACAUCAGUCGCUUGUAAAAUUUUAAUCGUAGUAACAACAAAUCGAAAUGAACUAUCUGCUGUAUUUUCUCCUUCUGGCGCCUGCAAGUGCCCAACUCAUUUCCCCCUGUCCCAGACUCUUCAAAUACGAACCACAGGGAGCAGAAAAUGACCGAUGGUACGGUGUAGUCACGUUACUCAGUGAUUCGGAGUUAUCAGGAGUGUGGCUGCGUUUGAUUUUCGACAAACAGUCUAUUCAACUCGGAAAUUGGUUCGGCGAGGUAGUCACUUCUGACAAUAAAGAGUACCUUGUAAAAAAUAGGAAUCAUAAGUUACUGGCAAAUGCGCCAUACAAUCUUCGAUUUUACAUCAAGUACAAUCCGAACGAGGCGCCUCCACAACUCGUCAUGUUCAGGCUAAAUGCAAAGACUGUGUGUCCUGAAGGAGGAGUCACCACGGAACCGCCGGUUACGACGGGGCAGUUGAUAACGAGCAGUUUGUUGUCUACUACGAAAAAUCCUUUUUCCAACAAUAACAACAACAACAACGGCGGAACUUUUGUAAGACCUGGUGGAGCUUUCAAUCAAAAUCACCAGUCGUCCAAUGAGGAUGAGGACGACUUUUUCCAAGGCGAUUUUGCCAUUUUCAAUAACCCGAGGCCAGUAGUUUCACUCAACGACUUAACCUGUGGCACGGUUGUGAUGCCCCCACGCCCCCUAAUCACCCACGGCCAAGCCACCCGAGAGGGCGAAUUCCCCUGGCACGCAGCGCUUUACCACGCCAAAGGCAUAGACCUCACAUACAUAUGUGGAGCUUCUCUUAUAACACGUUACCACCUGGUAACCGUAGCACACUGUGUAACUAAACCCAAAUCCCAGAAGUCUCUUGAUCCGGGUAAUCUGGUGGUCUACCUGGGGAAAUACUAUUUGAAGAGAUGGUCGAAUCCGGGCAUUCAAGACAAACAUGUCGAGAAGAUUACAAUUCAUCCAAAGUACAACGCUCAGAUUUUUACGAACGACAUUGCGGUGCUGAAAGUCGCUUCCCCGGUAGACGUUACCAAUUAUGUCCGGCCGGUGUGUUUGUGGGAUGAAGACACACGGUUGAAUGCUGUUACCAACAGAGUUGGCACUGUUGUUGGUUGGGGGUUUGAUGAAAAUGGUCGUGUUACUGAGCAACUGACGAAGGCGAAAAUGCCGGUGGUUUCUCAAGAGACCUGUAUUUACUCGUUUCCGGACUUUUAUUCAAGGUUUACAUCUAAUACGACGUAUUGUGCAGGGUUUAAGAAUGAUAUCAUCAGUAGAAAAGGGCCAAAUCGAAUAACUGCCGAAAAUAGGCGCCAGUACUGUUUUUACUUUUCAUGGUACAUUCAUCUCUGCUUUCUCAUACAUUCAAACGAUUUAGGUACUUCCGUAUGCAAUGGCGACUCUGGAGGCGGCAUGGUUUUCCCAAAAUCGAAUUCCAAUUCAGGCAACCCAGUAUGGCAACUGCGGGGGCUUGUUUCAAUUAGCGUAGCACUGCAAAACCAGCUAAAAUGCGACUCUUCGCACUAUGUGGUCUUCACCGAUGUGGCCAAAUACCUGGACUGGAUUCGCGCCUCUCUUAAUUAAAAUAUUUUACGAUAAGACGCCGCUUUUACUAACUAAUAGCAUUACUGCACCUAGGUAUUGUGAUUUAUUUUAAAUAAAAUUUAUAUUGUUA